AUGACUAAUUUGGCAAGCAUAAUGGAAGGCACGCAUACCAUCCUUCAAUUGCACAAACCCAUUAUGGAGCUUUGUUACAUCAGCUUCUAUCAUCCAGAGGGGAAAGUCAGAGGAUUUACUUACAAGGGCUCUGUAACUCUGGAUAGAAGCAGUAAGCGUUUCUGUAGCUGCUAUCAAGUAAGGGAGAGGUUUCACAUGGACCUGAGAGAACAGCCAUAUGAAAACUUUGGAGAUAUUAUUUUCAAGCAAACUACCACAAAAGACCUUUUCAAUGAGCUGUACAAACUCACUGCUGAAAAGGGAAAACUGGUACCUAGUGUUUUGAGAUUUCAUCAUUUUCCAGACCUUAAGGCAGGACAUCAGGAAGAAAAGCAACAGGAUGUUUCCGGAACCUCGAUACUUCAUGGUGAUAAUUACUUCACUCUUACGUAUCAGCAGGAGUUAUUGCUGGAUCCUACAAAGAGAGACAAUUUGAAUCACAAAAGAAUGAGGAAAUACAGAAGGAAAGAGAGCUUUGAGGAGAUCAGACACCGGAAAGAGGGAAAAAAGAUACAUGAACAUCUCUUUUUACUGAGUGCACAAGACAUGCAACAGAAAAAUAAGAAGAUGGUCUCUGCAAGACUUCCUGCCAGGAGUUAUCCCAGCUCCUUUUCUCCCUCCAGCUGGCUAACAGUGACAGGUAAGGAUAAUUUACCAGCAGACAAUAGAAUACAACCAGAAAGAUGGACAGAAGAGGGGUAUUUUCUUAAGAGCAACAAAGCUGUGAAACUGGAUGCUGACUUACCAAAUUGUAGCUCAAAAGACAUCAGUGAUGUUGUUGCAGUUGAACAGGUGGAUAAUGGGGAAUGCAUUCCUGAAGUUACCAAGGUACCACAGAGGACCAGUUUGGUGAAUUCAUGUCUGUCUAACAAACUCGAGACACUGAGUAAAUCUGAAGCUGCUGAAAUCUUGAAAAGUAGCAAGUAUGCUGAGCCAGUAUGCAAGGAGAAACCAGGAAUCACAGUUCUUGCUGAAGUCCAGGAUUUAGACACUUGUAUUAAAAAAGUUACCAACCCCCCUGCAGAGUCUUUACCUGAUUCUCAGAGAGCUAAUGAAACCAUUCCUCCUGUUCUCACAACGGCAUAUAACGAGCCUAUAUCAAGAGCUGAUGUAUACUCUGUAGAUGAAGCUGCUGAAGACUCUAAUAACAGUGUGCUGCAGGAAAAGGAGGAAGACAGCUCUGGUUUGCAGUACAAAGCAGAGAGAGUGCACAUUACUGAUGAGUCAUGCAACCUUGUGGGAGCAGUUAAUAAAGCUCUUCUGAAAGUUAUCCGGAGCGACACUUUAGAUGAAGCUGCAGAAUGGAAGAGACUGCAACAAAUUACAAGAGUAGACAGAAACUUGCCAGGCUCACUAUAUGAGAAAAGGACCACGGUAUCCCGGGGAAACAGCAAGCAUUUAUUUUUGAACCUGCCUGUAAGUGAAAGUCCUGAUAUUCCUCAGACAAGUAAUAAUCUUAAGCUGGAAGAGAAAAGGCUGCAUUCACCCCCAUUAGCAGCAGUGAGUAAUGUUUUUAGUAAUUCAUGUCCGCUAUCAAAUACACACAAACAGAUGUCACCUAUUCCUUCUCCAUUAUCUUCGAGACUGCCUAGCCCGCAGCUGCAUCACCGGAUCCUCCCGCUGCCAACACACAACUCCGAGGACGAAUCCAUGCUCCAUGACUGUGGCCACGGAAGACACGGUGCCGUAAACUUCCCUUUCAGUGAUUUGGAGCCACAGUUUUAUCGGAAGUUUUCUGAUCCUGGAGAAUUGGGAUUUGUCACCAGACAACGGGGCCUACAUCAGAAUGCCACUGCAGGACAUUUUGAGAAGGGCGCUGUGCAAGAAAAAUUAACUCCUCAGACACAGCAGAAUUUCUGUCCAGGUCAGUGCUAUUUCAUACAUUUUUUAAAUGAUAGGAUCAACCAAGCAUGA